CAGCGCCGAGCGGUUGUUGCUGCAUCUGCUACUUUAUGACACAUUUAUACUAAAAAAACAUUAAAUAUAUUACAUUUACAGCAUGGCAUCGUUUGUGACCGAAGUUCUCGCCAGCUCUGGCAAACUGGAGAAAGAAGAUCUGUCCAGUAAAAUCAGCAAAAUGUGUCGGAAGGUGGAGGAUACAAAGGAAGAAGUAUGCGACAUGCUAAACAAGAAGUAUAGUGACUUCCUGCCCAGUCUUCAAGCGUCUCAGGAGCUGAUGGUUCAGGUCGAUGAUGUAUCCAAAGAAAUGGAUUCCCUUAAAAACUGCAUUGAGAAUGAGGUGCAGCAGAAUAUCCAUGUGGCUGUGACGGAGUAUUCGAAGCUAAAGCAGCAGCUGGAUAAAAAUACUGUCAUCAUUUCAAUGCUUGGACACCUGAAAGAGUUUCACAACGCGAUGGAGGAGUCGAGCAAAGCCUUACAGGAGAAGAAGUACGUCGAUGCAGCCAAGCAGCUGGAGAGGGCACGGGCCAGCGUGGAUGCACUGAAGGGUUGGAAGAUUUCCCAGAUGCCACUGCUCAAAGCUCUCAGCUCUGAGUUGACGGUGCAGAGAGAAAACUUAAUUUACCAUCUGGGAGACGAAUGGAAGCGCCUCGUCGUCUGGAGAUUACCGUCCUCCAAGGUGGCCGCUGGAUGUGCACCACCAGAGCCCACAGGUAUGAAGUCCUUCCUAAAUGUGGAGCUCAACCUGAGUCACGCCUGCAGCAAAGACGACGAACCGAAACCAUCCGCUCUGCUGUGCUGCGUCCUGCAAGCUCUCGCGAUCCAGGGAGACCUUCAGCACCGGAUCAAACUGUUCUGUCAGGUGCUGCUGAAGAACAUGUUGAAGCCGUUGGUGAUCUACCCGUCGCUGUCGGUGAGCGUGACGGAGCAGCAGGGCGAAGGAACCGUCCUCGCCUUACAGUGUUUGAAGGAGAGCCAGGAGGAGCGAUCCACUCCCUCACAGGUCUACAGCAAACUGCUCCUGGUGCUCAAGACGCUCCACUCGCACCUCCUCGAUGUUUCCAUUGGCGACAGAAAGCUCUCGGCUAUCUUGGGGGAGAUGAUUUGGGAGGAGAUUUCUCAGUGCAUCAUCCACGAGUGUCUGCUGUACUCCAUCCCGACCAACAGCAGCCAGCUGGAGAAAUACAAAACCGUGAUCAAGGAAACGGAGGAGUUUGAGAAGUGUCUGAAGGAGCUGGAGUUCCUGCACGGCGACUCCACAGACCUGCUCAAAUACGCCAGAGACGUCAACUGUCACUUCGCCAGCAAGAAGUGCAAAGAUGUCAUCGUGGCGGCGCGCAAACUCAUGACGUCUAAGAUGCACAACACGGUCAAAAUCACACCAGACUCCAAACUGCGUCUUCCCAAGCUGCCUGCUCCGGCUUCAGUGGUGAAAGUGAAGCAGGAGACCACAAAGGACGAGGCGACGAUGGAGAACGCCAAGCAGCUGUCCGCGUGGAGUCUGCGUCUGCCAGCUUGUCGCAUCAGUGAGUCAGUGCAGCAGCUGAUGGAGCUGGCGCUCAACACGCUGUGCGAGGCCGUCGGCAGCUCCACACAAUGUGCGUUACAGCUCUUCUUCACGGUGAGAAACAUGUUCCAGCUCUUCUACGAUGUCGUGCCGACGUACCACAAGGAGAACCUGCUGAAGUUUCCUCACCUCGCUGCCAUCCAGCACAACAACUGCAUGUACUUGGCUCACCACCUGCUCACCCUCGGUCACCACUUCAGAGCACACCUGCCGCACCCGCUCAGCGAGGGCAUCACAACGUUUGUCGACAUGGUGCCUGGAUUUAGGAAGCUGGGUGCUCAGUGCUUCUUAGCUCAGCUGAACGUCCAGAGAGCCGAACUGCUGGACCGACUUUCCACCGCUCACAACUUCCGUAACCUGGACGACGAAGACAAUUACAUAGCAGCGAGCAAAGCAGUGAGACAGGUCAUCCAUCAGCUGAAGCAGCUGGGAACAGUGUGGCAGGACGUUCUACCUGUUAGCAUCUAUUGCAAAGCGAUGGGAAACCUGCUCAACACGGCCAUCGCAGAAAUGAUCUCCAAAAUUAUGAUGCUAGAGGAUAUUUCCUCUGAGGAUGGAGAGCACCUCCACACACUGUGUCAGACUAUCAUUGAAGAAGGUCCGCUGGUCUUCAUCCCUCUGGCCGAAGAGAACAAGAACAAGAAGUAUCAGGAGGAAGUUCCCCUCUACGUGAAGAAGUGGAGCACCUUUAAAGAGCUGGUCAUCGUGCUGCGGGCAAACCUGCAGGAGAUCGUCGACAGGUGGGCCGACGGCAAAGGUCCGCUGGCGUUGGAGUUCUCCAGCUCGGAGGUGAAGAGCCUGAUCCGAGCCUUGUUUCAGAACACAGACAGGAGAGCUGUAGCUUUGACUAAAAUCAAAUAAAAAAAACUCCCCCAAGUAAACAAACAAAAAAAAAAACAACCACCAAAAAAACAAACUGCAGCACUUUUUCCUCUGAGUGGGGAAAAUAUAUAAUGUUUUCAUCUUUUAUUCAUUCAUUCCUUUUUUUUUUUUUCCUCUUUCGGUUGCAUAUUAACAUUUCAUCAAGCAGAUCCAGCGCUGUGUGAUGGCUGUGGGUAUAAGCUGGCUGUAAUCAAUCUGUGGGAUAUUUUGUCCUCUCUCAGCACGCAGACUGUAAUUAGUGCUACAGAGAUUACAUGAAGGCUUCCUGACAUCAGCAGCAACCCGUCAUAUAUCAUCAUCAUUACAAGCUGAGGUUGUGUAAACCCGUGACUCGCCAUCUGUUGACAUGUGAUGUUGUAUGGACAGAGUUAAAGGGAAACUUAAAGUGGUUCAGUAUUUACAGUAGUAGCCUCGAAACAGGCUGUAGUGUAAUCUGACAUCAAUGUACAGCCACUAAAAGUGCUUUUUUCCUUCCUUCCUUCCUUCCUCCUCCCUCCCUUCCUUCCUUCUGUCCUUCCUACCUCCCUCCCUCUCUUUCUUUCCUUCCUCUCUUUCCUCCUUUCCUUCCUUCCUCCCUCCCCCCUACCUUCCUCCCUUCCUUCUUUCCUCCCUCCCUCCUUCUUUCUUUCCUCCCCCUACCUUCUUUUCUUCCCUCCUCCCUUCUUUUCCUUUCUCCCUCCUUCCCUCCUUCCUUCUUUCCUUUCCUCCCUUCCUUCCUCCCUCCCUCCUUCUUUCUUUCCUUCCUCUCUCUUUCCUCCUUUCCUUCCUCCAUCCCCAUUCCUUCCUUCUGUUCUUCUUUCCUCCCCCCUACCUUCCUCCCUUCCUUUUUUUCUUCCCUCCUCCCUUCUUUUCCUUUCUCCCUCCAUCCCUCCUUCUCUUUCU